GCGCAAUCGGUUUUGGGAUCAGAUUGUAUCUACCACACGUGACGAGCCAUGUCCAAUGGUCGCUAUUUUUUGAGAUUCGCAGCCCCAGACUGAAUACGCAAGCCAACGCCGUGAGCUCAGGGCGUUCUCUCUUUUCCGCUCAGUCCCAUCACAGACUUCGAUAAAAUCAUAAAAAUGCAGGGAUCGUUCAAGCGUCUCGUUGAGGUUGGCCGCGUCGUUCUUGUCACCAAGGGAGCCGAUGCCGGUAAGAUCGCCACCAUCGUCGACAUUGUUGACCACAACCGUGCCAUCAUUGACGGCCCGACCACCUCGGUUGCCCGCCAGGUGAUUGCGUACAAGAACGUUGUUCUGACCGACAUCGUCGUCAAGAACCUUCCGCGCACCAUCGGCUCGAAGGCUCUGGCCAAGGUCCUGGAGAAGGAUCAGAUCGCCGAGACCUGGCAGAAGACCGCCUGGGCUCAGAAGCUCGAGGCCCGCAAGCGCCGCGCCGCCAUGUCGGACUUUGACCGCUUCAAGCUCAUGCGCCUGAAGAAGCAGCAGCGCUUCAUUGUUGACCGCCAGGUUGCUCUCCUCCGCAAGGAGCGCGCUUAAGAAGGGGAAUUUCCAUAUUUUUCACCUAGUGCUUUUUACACAAAAUGUUGGAUAGCGAAAUCAACUUCUUUCUCCACCCCCGAACCCAGUUUUUGCACCCUUUUCUCUUCAUCGCUGCUCCCAGAAAUCGCUAUAUUUGUACUCUAUCGCAAGAACCACCAACCAUGGGCAAGUCGGCAA